UUGUUAUGUUUGAUAUAUGCCACUGUUUUGAUCAGAACACCUAGUUAUAUACCAAUAUUUUUACACAACCUUAGUCACUAUGAUGCUCAUUUUAUUGUUCACGCGUUAAACUUUUGUGAUGGUGAAGUCGAAGUUAUCCCUCAAAAUAAAGAAAAAUAUAUAUCCUUUUCCAAAAAAUUAAAAGUGAAUAACCACGAAAUUAUAUUGAGAUUCUUAGAUUCAUUUAAGUUUUUAUCGUGUAAAUUAGAAGAAUUGGCCAAAAAUCUCAGUAAUGAUCAAUUUCAAGAAUUACGUAGAAAUUACCCUAAUGAUGAAGAUUUCUUUCGUUUAAAACGGAAAGGUGUUUAUCCAUAUGAACUUAUGACUAAUUAUGAUAGUUUAAGUCUAACAUCGCUCCCUGAACAAAAAUCUUUUUAUAGUUCACUCACAGAUUCACAUAUUUCAAAUGAUGAUUACAAUCAUGCUAAAGAUGUUUGGGAACAUUUUGGGUGUUGUAAUAUGCUAGAUUAUUCAAACCUAUAUUUAAAAACAGACGUUUUACUUUUAUCCGAUGUAUUUGAAAACUUUAGAAAGUUAUGUAUUAAUACAUAUGAUUUAGACCCUGUCCAUUAUUACACAGCACCCGGUUUAAGUUGGGAUGCAAUGUUAAAAUAUACAAAAAUAGAAUUAGAACUUUUAACAGAUUAUGAGAAAAUUGCAUUUAUUAGAUCAGGUAUCAGAGGUGGUGUAUCUCAAUGUAGUAAUCGUUAUGCUAGAGCUAAUAACAAAUACAUGGAGGAUUAUGAUACAGGGAAACCAAAUUCAUAUAUCACAUAUUUUGAUGCCAACAAUUUAUAUGGUUGGGCUAUGUCUCAAUAUCUUCCUACUGGUGGAUUCGAAUGGGUAAAUCCAAAUACAGAAUUUAAUGUGUCUAAGACAUCAGACUUCGGUUUUAUUUUAGAAGUUGAUUUGGAAUAUCCAGAUGAACUUCAUGAUUUACAUUCGGACUUUCCUUUAUGUCCAGAAAACAUUUGUGUAGGCAAUAUUAAUGAGAAUAAACUAGUCCCAAAUUUAAAUAAUAAAGAUAAAUAUGUAAUUCAUUACAGAAAUUUAAAGCAGUGCAUAGAAAUGGGGGUUAAAUUAACUAAAAUUCAUAGAGUUUUAAAAUUUAAACAGUCUCCCUGGUUGAAGAUGUACAUAGAUCUAAACACAAAAUUAAGAACUUUAGCAAAAUCAGAUUUCGAAAAAGAUUUUUAUAAAUUAAUGAAUAAUUCAGUCUUCGGUAAGACUAUGGAGAAUAUUGAAAAAAGGGUUAACAUAAAAUUAGUUACGCACUGGGAGAACCAGGGUAAAGCUUUAGGUGCUCAAGAUCUAAUCGCUAAACCACAAUUUCAUAGCCUUUCAAUAUUUUCGGAAAACCUAGUUGCGGUUCAGUUGCGAAAAACGAAGUUAAUAUAUAACAAACCAAUUUAUUUAGGGUUUUGCAUUUUAGAUAUUUCAAAAACAUUAAUGUAUGAUUUUCAUUAUAACUAUAUGAUUAAAAAGUUUAGUAAAAUCAAAUUAUUGUAUACAGAUACGGAUAAAGAAAUUAACAGGAUUUAUUAUGAUCCAUCUAAUCCCGCUGGUUUUGGUAGUAUUGAUAAAUUAUCAAAAGCCAUGAAGGGUAAAAUGAAUAAAAAGCAAGUAAAGGAAUGGUUAAAAUCACAAGAAACAUACACAUUACAUAAACCCAUUCGAAAAAAAUUCCCGCGUAAUAGGUACAUUCUAUCAAAUAUUAAUGAACUGUGGCAAGCUGAUUUAAGUGAUAUGCGAACUUAUUCUCAAUAUAAUGAUGGUUUCAAGUAUAUACUUUGUAUUAUUGAUGUAUUUAGUAAAUAUGCUUUUGCAAGACCAAUGAAAAAGAAAAACUCAGAAACAACUAAAGAAUGUUUUGAAAGUAUAUUUACUGAAAGUAAUUUAACACCUACUCACAUACAAUCCGAUAAAGGUACCGAAUUUGUUUCAAAAGAUGUACAAAAAUACUUUAAAUCCAAAAAGAUUAAUUACUAUACCACUAACAAUCCUGACAUUAAGGCCAGUAUUGUUGAACGAUUUCAAAGAACACUAAAAAUGAAAAUGUGGCGUUAUUUCACUAAUAAUAAUACUUAUAGAUAUAUAGAUGUUUUACAAGAUUUAAUAUACUCUUAUAAUCACAGCUUUCACUCUAGUAUUAAGAUGUGCCCAUGUGAUGUAAAUUCCAACAAUAUUAUGACAGUUUGGACUAAUCUUUAUGACAGACGGUCAAAAAAACUUUCUUUAGAAAAUCCUAAACCAAAUUUCAAUGUGGGUGAUUAUGUUCGAAUAACUAAAUAUAAACAUGUAUUCCAAAAAGGAUAUGAAUCAAAUUGGAGUGAUGAAAUAUUUAUUAUAUCUUCAAUAAUUGAUAGAUCUCCAUGGGUUGUUUAUACAAUAACAGAUUUACAAAAUGAACCAAUAAUUGGUACUUUUUAUGAAAGAGAAUUACAGAAAAUCACUUACAACCCCACCUCACAACAUAAAAUAGAUAAAAUAAUUGACACUCGUUAUUCAGGUAACAGAAAAGAAGUAUUAGUGAAGUGGAAAGGUUAUCCAGAUAAAUUUAACAGUUGGAUUUUAGCUUCUAGUUUAAAAGAAAUAUGA